UUUUUUUUAACAGACUCUCUUAAGCUCUGUUAGCAAUAGUAAAGGCCGUGAGCAAGCCUUUUUUUAUUUUUGACAUUUUGUUUUGUAUUCCAUUCAUAUACUCUUCACAUUGUUAAGCAUGUAGCCAAGUACCUGUACUCAUCGUGUGUUAGAACGAGACAAUAAUAGUUCUAAAUAUAUGUUAAGUUAUCGAUAAAUGUAUUCAAAUGUAAUCGAAAAAGAAUAAGCCUCAAAUAAACACAUACAUACAUACAUACAUACAUUGAAUUGAAGGAAUUCGUAAACACAUUUUGUGAUUUAAAUUGCGUUUUACAUUUAAUAUAUAUCCAUAAUAUUAAAAUCGCGCUUUAUUUAGACAAUUUUUCAAUUCAUAGUUUUGGUUAUAAUGCCCCUCGUAAUUUGCCGGUUGUGCGCAACAGAUUGCAGAAAUCAAAAGUAUAAAAGUCUGUUUGACGACUUCGUUGUUUACGAGAUAACCACAAAAUAUUUUGAUCCAAUGUUUUUAAACGACGAGCAUGAGCUUACUGCUGUUUGCAUAGAUUGCUGGAGUCACAUAAAAGCGUUCCAUCAGUUCCAGCAGCAGUCUGCUUUGGCAAGUGUGUACCAAAAGAACAUGUGUUCUUUUUGUGCCACAAGUCGCAAGCAAAUUGGGCUCAAGGAAAAUAUGGUAAUAUUCAACGUCAUUAAUAAAUAUUUUGUCAACAAAAUGCAGAAUCUGAGUGCCAUUUGCCUCCCGUGUUGGAGCCAAAUAUUGGAUUUUCAUAAAUUUCAAAUCACUGUAUUUGAUGUCAAAAAAAGGCUGGUGAAAAUAGAACUAGAAUGUGAGAAGGAGAAGCAUCAACUGGAGAAUGUUACAGGUGUCCACAAUGAUGUGAAGAAAACAAACUUUAUUGUAACUGAGAAAGCUGAAGAAUCUCAAAUAGAUAGAAUAGGACAUCAAAUUGUGGUAAAAGAAGAACCCGAAUUAGAAUUAAUCGAUGUUCACCCUGAUCAUCAGUUCAGUUCGCAAGAAUACGAAAUACAGUCUAAAGUUAGUUUAAGGAAAAAUUACCAAAAUGGUCAAUCGGAUAAAGACAGGCUGCAUGCCUUUAAUUCAAGUAGAAAUUGUGGGCACGUUUAUACGGUUUGUGAUUCUUCAAAUGAUGGUGAUGGUGAUGAUGAUGAUGAUGACGACGACGAAGAUUGUGUCUUGCCAAAAACCUAUGAAAGAAGAAAGACAAUACCAGAGUUAGAUUCAAUUAUAGCUCAGUGGAGACCAAUUUUAGAAUGUAUACAUUGCGGAGCGUCGUGUUCUACUUUUACAUUAUUACAAAAGCAUUUUGAUGCAAAUCAUCCUGGUAAAAAGUGUCAUAUAACCUGCUGUGGUUGUAGAUUCAGGACCCAUUAUUACAUUGAGGAACAUAUGCGAUAUCAUAUGGAUCCUAAAAUAUUCCAAUGUGAAAUAUGUGGACAAAUUAAUAUGACAAGACUGCGCUUGAAACGCCACAAAGAUUAUUGGCACUCUAAGGACCUUAUACCUGAUACUUCUACAAAUGAUAAUAAUAAGAUUAUUUGCCCAGAAUGUGGAAAAACUCCAAAAACAUUAGGUGCUUUUAAAAAACACAUGCAUAGGCAUGAGGCAAAACGAAAAAUUAAAUGUGAAGUUUGCGAUAAAGGAUUUCGAGGCCGCAAUGAUCUGCGCACACACUUGGCUACACACUCGGAAAACCGGUGUCCUCAUUGUUCCGUGAUUUUCAAAUACAUUUCCAGGUUAACAGCACAUCUAGCUAGGAAGCAUGCUGAUCAAAGUAUUUCACUUCCUACUUAAAUUUUGAUUAAACAAAUUGAACUGGCAAAUUUAAUAUAUAUUAAAACAUUCCCAUAGACAAAUGGAUGUAUAGAAAUAAACAAUUCACUGUAUAUAUAUUUA